AUGACUUCCCAGCCCACCCUCUCACCACCAACCUACGAACACCAUCCCUCUGGCUUCGGCAUCGACCAUGCCCGUCCUCGAAUAUCCUGGACAUUCCAACCCGCCGCGUUCUCUGAAGGGAUCCCCGAAGCAGAGAGCUGGCAGCAAAGCGCAUACGACAUCGAACUCCACCCCGAAGGAAGCACCACCCAGAUCUUCCACGUCGAAAGCCGCGAAUCAGUCCUCGUUCCUUGGCCCGGUCAAGCGCUGAACUCGCGCGGCGCAGCAAAGACCCGGGUGCGUUCGUAUUCGCAGAUCGGGGAAGUAACAAGCUGGUCUGCUUGGAGUCCGGUGGAGGCUGGGCUCUUGGGCCGGACAGAUUGGACGGCGGGGGUAAUUGGCGCCGAGGAGAAGUUCGCCGUCGAAGGCGAGGGUCUUCGGCCGGUUAUUUUUGAGAAAGGGUUCCGUUUGCCUGGCGAGAUGCGCGAUGUCGUGAAGGCGAGGCUGUAUGUUACGGCGUUGGGAGUGUACGAGGCCCGGAUCAAUGGGUGUCGAGUGGGGACGGAUGUCAUGGCGCCGGGGUGGACGAGUUAUCAUCAUCGCCUUGUGUAUCAGAGCUAUGAUGUUCUUGGGAUGUUGAACCAGGAGAGUACCAUCUCGCUGGAGGUGGCGGAGGGGUGGUAUGCCGGGCGAUUAGGGUUUGGGGGAGGGCGGAGGUUCAUAUACGGUGAUGAGGUAGGGGUGUUGGCGCAGUUGGAGGUGACGUUUGGGUCAGGGGAGAUGUGGACUCUGGGGACGGACGGGGAAUGGAAAUGCAGGCCAAGUGCGAUUGUGAAGAGCGAGAUAUAUGAUGGCGAGGUAUUUGAUAUGCGCCUGGAGCAGGACCGAGAGGCUGCUUCGUAUGCCGUCAAACCUCUGCCGUGGCCGUCCGCGGCGCUGAUUGCCUCCGAUGCACCGCCUGUGCGAGUCACACAGGAGGUCAAGGCAACGGAAAUUCUCACCAGUCGAUCGGGGAAGACGAUUGUUGAUUUUGGGCAGAAUUUGGUCGGCGUGCUGCGGAUCCGCGCGGUGCAGGUCCCAGCCGGAGACGAGAUCGUCCUCCGCUAUGCGGAGGUACUGGCAGAUGGCGAGAUCGCCAUGCGUCCGCUGCGUCGGGCCAAAUGCACAGAUACGAUCAUUUCAUCAGGGGAGAAGCUCAUCUCGUGGCAGCCGAAGUUCACCUUCCAUGGAUUCCGCUUUGUGCAGGUCGAUGGAUGGCCCGGGAUGCCGUCGGUGGACGACUUCACGGCACUGGUGAUGCAUACGGACAUGAGACGCCGGGGCUGGUUCUCCUGCUCUGACGGACAGGUCAAUCAACUGCACGAAAACGUGGUUUGGAGCAUGCGCGGCAAUUUUCUCUCCAUCCCAACGGACUGUCCACAGCGCGAUGAACGACUGGGAUGGACGGGCGAUAUCCAGGUCUUCUCACCCACUGCAUCGUUCCUGUUCGACACGACGGGAAUGCUGUCCAACUGGCUCGAAGAUCUAUCGGCAGACCAGCUCUCCACCGAGCAUGGCAUUCCAGGUCUGGUUGUGCCGGAAAUCCUCUGGGAGAGGCGAUGCGUGCCCACGCCGCAGGCUGUCUGGCACGACGCGGCGAUUCUGACCCCGUGGGACCUGUAUCUGGCGUCAGGUGACGAGGACAUCCUGCGACGCCAGUACGAGAGCAUGCGAGUAUGGAUUGACAAGGCCAUCCGUCGCGGAGACGACGGUCUCUGGACUCGCAAUGUCUGGCAGCUGGGCGACUGGCUCGAUCCCAACGCUCCCCCCGACGACGCAGGAUACGGACGCACCGACGGCAUCUUCGUGGCCGAUGCGUACCUCGUGCACAUCACACGGACAAUGGCAAAGAUCGCCUUGGUGCUGAACCGGAUGGACGACGCGUCUCGAUACAGGUCAAACGCGAGUCACCUCACGUCGCGCUUCCAACGCAAGUAUCUCAGUUCGCAUGGAUACCUUGCCAGCGACACUCAGACUGCCUAUGCGCUCGCUAUCCGCUUCGCUCUCCUCCCCGACGAUGCCAACGCCUACGCAAACGCAGCCACUCGACUCAGCGAGCUCGUCGGAGCAGCCAAAUUCCACAUCGGCACGGGCUUCGUCGGCACGGCGCUGAUCUGUCCGGCCCUGACAGACACGAAGCAAGGCUCGCUGGCCUAUCGAAUGCUGCUGGAGAAGCACUGCCCGUCGUGGCUGUACCCGGUUACCAUGGGCGCGACAACGGUGUGGGAACGCUGGGACAGCAUGCACCCCGACGGCACGGUGAAUACGGGGAGUAUGACGAGUUUCAACCACUACGCGCUUGGGGCGAUCGCUGGCUGGCUGCAUGAGACCGUGGGCGGCAUCAGCACGGUCGACGGCUGGCGGACAGUAAGGGUUGCGCCGCAGCCUGGAGGCAUGAUCACGCAUGCUGAGAGCGCGUUCUAUGGACCGUACGGACGUGUCGAGUGUCGAUGGGAGAUCACGGGGGCGAUCUUCACGCUGGAGCUGGUUAUUCCGCCAAACUCGUCGGCUGAGGUUCCCAGGUAG